AUGGUUGUGGUGGGGCUGUGGGAUUUCACAGGGGCUGUGGUGGGAAUAAUAUGGGGAUAUGGGGCGGGCUGUGGGAAUGGCUGUUGAUGUGUGUAUCAUGGGGCUUCGAUGGGGGAAUUGGGAGGGAUGAGAUAUACAAGACUGUCAGUGUCUAAAGCCAUGGGACUGUCAGGGUUUGUGGGGACUGGUGGGAAUAUGGGACUGGGACUGUUUGGGUCUAGGGACGCCUGCUUUACAUCAGGCUUCAUGAAACUCCAUUGGGGGAAUUUGGGGAGGAGCAGGACAGGAUUGUGAGUGUGUAAAGGGACUAUUGGGAAUUUGGAGGAACUGGAGGACUUUAUUGCUAUAGCUGUGGGCGGCUGUGUAUGUACAGUCAGGUCCAAAACUAUUGGCACCCUUGAUAAAGAUGAGCAAAAAAUACUGUUUCAAAUAAGUAAAACAAAUACUGAGCUAUAUUGUAUGCUCAAAAAAUGGGAAAAUUAUAUUAAAGAUUCUUAUAAAUAAAAACAAACAAAAUUAAAUCUGCAUUAUCAUUCUUUUUUUCCAAUUAAUCUCAGUUUAAGGAACUGUAUUGUGGUCUUCCAUGGCUUCCUGUUUCACUGGGGUAUAAAAAUGAGGUAAGACGCAUGUAAAAGCCCUUUGUCAUCCAUCACCAUGGGAAAAGGCAAAGAACUCACAAACGAAAAGAGACAAAUGGUUGUUGACCUUCAUAAAUCAGGCAAUGAGUACCAAAGAAUUGCUAAAAAAAAAAACACAAAUACCACUUACCACUAUUAGGGCAACAAUUCAGAAGUUUAAAACCACUGCAACAGUGGUAAACUUGCCUGGUAGAGGAUGCAUGUGUAUCUUGUCCUAACGCACAGUGAGGAAGAUGGUUCGGGAGGCAAAGAAAAGUCCAAUGGCCACAGUUGGAGAAUUACAGAACAUGGCCACAUCUUCUGGUCACCAAAUCUACAAUUAGAUGCCACCUCCAUGUCAAAAUAAAAAAAAAAUAUUCGUAUUUGUCACAUGCGCAGUCUUAUGGCUUGGGGGUAGAAGCUGUCUCGGAGCCUGUUGUUCCUAUAGCCGAUGCUUCAGUACCAUUUGCCGGACGGUAGCAGAGUGAACAGUCUAUGGCUUGAGUGGCUGGAGUCUUUGGCAAUUUUUCGGGCCUUCCUCUGACACCGCAUGAUAUAUAAAGGUCCUGGAUGGCAGGGAGCUCGGCCCCAGUGAUGUACUGGGCUGUCCGCACCACCCUCUGUAGCGCUUUGCAGUCGAGGGCGGUGCAUUUGCCAUACCAAGCGGUGAUGCAGCCAGUCAAGAUUCUCUUGAUGGUGCAGCUGUAGAACAUUUUGAGGAACCCGAGGUCCCAUGACAAAUAUUUUCAGCCUCCUGAGGGGGAAGAGGCGCUGCUGUGCCCUCUUCACGACUCUGUGGGUGUGUGUGGACCAUUUGAAGUCCUUGCUGAUGUGGAUGCCAAGGAACUUAAAGCUCUCGACUCGCUCCACAACAACCCUGCCGAUGUGGAUGGGGGCGUGCUCUCCCCUCUUUCUCCUAUAGUCCACGAUCAGCUCCUUGGUUUUACUGAUGUUAAGGGAGAGGUUGUUGUCCCGGUAACACUCUGCUAAGUCUCUGACCUCCUCCCUGUAGGCUGUUUCAUCGCCGUCGGUUAUCUGGCCUACCACCAUCGUGUCGUCAGCAAACUUGAUGAUGGCGUUGAAGUCGUGCGUGGCCACGCAAUCGUGGGUGAACAGGGAGUACAGGACGGGACUAAGCACACAACCCUGAGGGGCCCCUGUGUUGAGAGUCAGCAUGGCGGAGGUGUUUUUUUGCUUACUCUCACCACCUGGGGCCGGCCCAUCAGGAAGUCCAGGACCAGUUGCAGAGGGAGGGGUUCAGUCCCAGGGUCCCUAGCUUGGUGAUGAGCUUGGAGGGGACUAUGGUGUUGAACACUGAGCUGUAGUUUAUGAACAGCAUUCUCACAUAGUUAUUUCCCCUCUUGUCCAGGUGGGAGAGGGCAGUGUGAAGUGCAAUUGAGAGCGCGUCAUCUGUUGAUCUGUUGGGGCAGUAUGCAAAUUGGAGAGGGUCCAGGGUGUCUGGGAUGAUGGUGUUGAUGUGUGUCAUGACCAGCCUUUCAAAGCACUUCAUAAUUACAGAUGUGCUACAGGGUGAUAAUCAUGUAGGCAGGUUACCUUGGAGAACAGGGACAAUGGUGGUCAGCUUGAAACAUGUUGUGAUUACAGACUUGGAUAAGGAGAGAUAAUGUCCGUGAAGACACUUGCCAGCUGGUCUGCGCAUGCUUUGAGAACGCGCCCUGGUAUUCCGUCUGGCCUUGCGGCCUUGUGAUUGUUAACCUGUUUAAACGUUUUGCUCACAUCGGCCACAGAGAGCGAGAUCACACAGUCAUCCGGAAAAACAGGGGCUUUCACGCAAGGCACAGUGUUAUAUUCCUCGAAGCGAGCAUAAAAGGCAUUUCGCUAGUUUGGGAGUUCUGCAUCGCUGGGCAACUCACGGCUGGGUUUCCCUUUGUAAUCCGCUAUCGUCUGCAAGCCCUGCCACAUACGACGAGCAUAGGAGCCGGUGUAAUAGGAUUUCACCUUCCUCCUAUAUUGUCAUUUUGUUUAUGUCAAUAGGCUCUUUGGAAGGGUUGGCCAAAAAAAUGCCUUUUUUGAGAGCAACCAACAAAUGCGAACGCCUGGAGUUUGCUAAACGGCAUAGGCGCUUGGAUUGGAACUGGUGCUUUGGUCGGUAGACAUGAAAAUAGAGCUCUGGCCACACACAACAGUGGUGGGUUUGGUGUUGAAAUGAGAAUGCUUAGCAGAAAAGAACCCCAUACCUACUGUAAAAUAUGGUGGUGGAUCUUUGAUGUUAUGGGGCCAUUUUGCUACCGCUGGUCCUGGGGCCCGUGUUAAGGUCAACGGCAUCAUGAACUUACCAAGUACCAGGACAUUUUAGCCAAAAACCUGGUUGCCUCUGCCAGGAGGCUGAAACUUGGCCGCAAGUGGAUCUUCCAGCAAGACAAUAACCCCAAGCACACAUCAAAAUCCACAAAGAAAUUGUUAAUUGACCACAAAAUAAACAUUUUGCAAUGGCACCCCAUUGAAUUAAAGAGGGCAGUCCAUAAGCGCAGACAAAGGAUAUGAAGGAUCUGGAACGAUUCUGUAUGGAGGAAUGGUCUAAGAUGCCCCAAUGUGUUAUCCAAUCUCAUAAAACAUUUUAGAAAAAUACUUUGACAUUAUUCUCGCAAGGGGAGGGUGGCAGAGUAUUGAAAACUGGAGUGCCAAUAAUUUGACACCUAUAUAUUUUUGUCUUUCUCUGAGCAAUCGUAUUAGUACCUUUUGGUUUUUGUUGAAAAAAAUUGCAUACAAUAUAGCUCAGUAUUUGUAUUAUUUAUUUUAUACGUACGUUUUUGCUCAUCUUUAUCGAGGGUGCCAAUAAUUUUGGACCUUGGAGGUGUUGUGUGGUAGGCUGUGGGGUUUUGGGGGGUAGGAGUAAAGGAUGUUAGGGGAGCUGCAGGGGCAUGAUUUGGGGCUGUGGGGGAGGGCUUUGGGGGGCUGUGGAGUACAGAUAAGAGGCCUGGAUGUGUGUCACACACACACACACUGGGGGAGGCUAGGGGGCUGGCUGCCUCAGUGCCUGCAGCUGGCGUUGUGGUGAUAACCAGCAGGCAGCUCCUUCUCUGUAGUGACGUAGAGAUACACCCAUGUGGUACUGAUUCAGAGUUCACCAGCAGUUAGAGUAAGGCUAGCCAGGCUAAAGCUACCAGAGACGUAGAAUCAGCUGUGCUGUGACGGUCACAGUGUGACCACUUCACCAGAGUGGGGUUCUAGGGUGGGGUUCUAGAGUACUGGGGGUGAUGUUGAAGGGGGUUGUCAGUGGGCCUGUAGUGUUGGCUGUCCUGAUACCUCUUAUCAACUCUGAUAGGAACAGAAGCUCUCUGUUUGUCACGCAUGCUUCUUCAAUCACGCCAAUAUCUGGGCCAAGGAACAGGUCCACUAGCCUACAAAUCACUCACAUCAAAGGACAUUUACUGGUGAUUGACUGAGGGGAAUCUGUUGAAUCAAUUUGUAUCAUUCCAGAACCCCUGACUGGGUUGAGGGUUCUGUUUGCUGUGUUUAUUCAGUUAAAUAACUUGAACACCUACUGCUUUCCAUUGGAUUGUAGCUCGGACACACACACACACAAUGUGCUGUACGUACCGUGUUGGAGAGUCAGUGCUUCUUAUUAUAGAUUCAAGAGGCGAAACACAACAGGAAGAAAGUUCAGUGGACGCUAUUUUCUUUCUUAACAGUUUUCGUUGGCCAACAUAUAUGUUUACUUUGAGUGUGUGUGUGUGCAAACGGUUGUGUGUGAGUGGCGUCAGCUAGCUGGAAUGCUUCGCUACCGCCAAUGCUAAAAUGGCUGCCAAGCCAUAAGAUGGCUGCCAGGAGCAGCGAGCGAGAAAAGAUAAGAGAGGAGGAGAGUCUGCAGAAGGGAGGAAAAAGGAGCUGCUUCUAUUCCUCUCUUUCUGUUUCUGUCCCUCUCUCGCCUUCUCUCUCUGUCCCGUUCUGUCCCUCUCUGUCUCAAUCCUGUUCUCCUCUCCUCUCCUUCCCGUUCUCUCUCUCUCCCUCUAUCUCUCUCCCCCUAUCAUCUCUCUACUUCGCUCUUUCUUUCUCCCUCUCUCUCUCGCUCUCUCUCUCUCCCUCUGUUCCUCACUUUCUCCUUACCUCUCUCUCUCCUCUCCCAGUAUUAGUAAGCACUGAGACAGGUCUGUUUUUGUUUCUACUGACUAAUCUUGUGGCUUAGUGUGGCGAGGCUGUGCUGUGUGUGUGAUUGCGUGCGUGUUUGCAUGUUGGCAUCAGUCCUCCCCUGCUCUGUUAUCAACUACAUGCUGCAGAUAAACACCUCCGUUAGUUAGGCCUGGCUGUGGCCCUGCAGAUGUCAUGCCCACACCACUGGUACUACACACACACACCGGAGAUAGGGCUGGAGCAUACACACACAGACGCAUUCACACACUACAUUAUAAACCGGUUGGUUCGAGCCCUGAAUGCUGAUUGGCUGAAAGCCGUGGUAUAUCAGACCAUAUACUGUACCAUGGGUAUGACAAAACAUGUAUUUUUACUGUUCUAAUUACAUUGGUUUCUAAUAGCAAUAAGGAACCUUGGGGGUUUGUGAUAUAUGGCCAAUAUACCACGGCUAAGGGCUGUAUCCAGGCACUCUGCGUUGUGUUGUGCUUAAGAACAGCCCUUAGCUGUGGUAUAUUGGCCAUAUUCCACACCCCCUCGGGCCUUAUUGCUUAAUUAUACAUAGACUACAUUCUGUGCAUGGACAUAGACCACAAAACACACACAUGCCAGAUAGCACACAGUGCAUAAACAAAGAAACACACAGGAAUCACCAAUAGUACUUUCUCUGUGUCAGCCUUGGUUCUCCACUUUGUUCUAAUGGAUCAGUUAGCCUGUAAUGACACAUGCUGCAGGUUAGGGAGUCUUUACUGGAAGACUUCCCCUGUAACCUCCUCUCCCUUGUGGCUGUAAUCUCUACUCUAGUCCCUGGCUUCUGCGGCCUACCAAUGCCAAGAGCAGUACUAAGGCUGUGACAGCUGUGUGUGUUGUGUGUGUGUGUAUGUGUGUCUGAGUGUGUGUGUGUCUGAGUGUGUGUGCGCGUGUGCAUUGCCACUGCUGUCUCUGUCAAUCUCUAAAGGCCACUGAGUUUCCUUCACCUUUACCACACUUAGCCUUAAAUCCCCCUCCCUGGGCAGUAAGGAUUGCGCUGUCAGCCAAGGGGGUGUGUGUGUGUGUGUGUGUGUGUGUGUGUGUGUGUGUGUGUGUGUGUGUUGGCGCCAUCUAGCAUCUAACAGCGCAAUCAUAUCCCUCUUCUUAAUCUCACUUUAUACCUCCUUGCUGGUAGGGUUUUAGGCUGCAUAAACAGAACACCUUACACACACACACACACACACACACACACACACACACACACACACACACACACACACACACACCACACAGAGAGACAUACUCUACACACAAACAGUAAAUCUGAACACCUUGAGACAGGAGUUGGGGGGGGGGGGGGUAGGAACAUUAGGAACAUUCUGUGACAUUGAUAUAUACAGAUAAACACUGUAUACAUACAAACCCUCCUUGACCCUUAGUGAAGCAAUCUCUCUACUCUUCUCAAAUAUCCCAUCUGUCAGUAUAGAAUCUAUGACUGAAGUUCAGAGGGGCUCCAACACCUCCUGCCUUCCUCUUUCCUCACAUACAGCAGUUUCCUUUGUAUCCACCACAGCCAAGCUAAAUCUUCUCCUCUCCUCUUCUCUUCUCUUCUAGAAUCUGGACAAUCAGACAGCUCCAGCCAACAAGGAGACACAGACAUCAAGCCACCGCCCAAUGGUAAGAGAACACUCACACACGGACACACGCACACACGCAUCCACACACACACACACACACAUCCUAACUCUUCCCCUCUCUCCUCUGCAGGGCACCUGAGUUUCCAGGACUGCUUCGUCACCUCAGGAGUGUGGAACGUGGCUGAGCUCGUCAGGGUGUCACAGAGUGAGUAUCUACCCCUCUCUUAUCCUCUAUCUCUCUAUCUAUAGCUCUAUCUCUCUAUCUAUAGCUCUAUCUCUCUAUCUAUAGCUCUAUCUCUCUAUCUAUAGCUCUAUCUCUCUAUCUAUAGCUCUAUCUCUCUAUCUAUAGCCUCAGUAUCUCUCUCUAUAUAGCUCAUCUCAUCAUCUCUAUAUAGCUACUAUCUCUCUAUCUAUAGCUCUACUCUCUUCUAUAGCUCUAUCUCUCUAUUAUAGCUCUAUCUCUUCUAUCUCUCUACUCUCUCUUUUAUGCUCUAUCUCUCUAUCUAUAGCUCUAUCUCUCUCUCUAUAGCUCUAUCUCUCUAUAUAUAGCUCUCUACUCUCUCUUAUAUAGCUCUAUCUCUCUAUAGCUUCUUAUCUAUAGCUCUAUCUCUCUAUACUAUAAGCUCUAUCUCUCUAUUAUAGCUCUACUCCUAUAGCUCUACUACUCUCUCUCUAUAGCUCUAUCUCUCUAUCUAUAGCUCUAUCUCUCUAUCUAUAGCUCUAUCUCUCUCUCUAUAGCUCUAUCUCUCUAUAUAUAGCUCUAUCUCUCUAUCUAUAGCUCUAUCUCUCUCUCUAUAGCUCUAUCUCUCUAUAUAUAGCUCUAUCUCUCUAUCUAUAGCUCUAUCUCUCUAUAUAUAGCUCUAUCUCUCUUCUAUAGCUCUAUCUCUCUAUAUAUAGCUCUAUCUCUCUAUCUAUAGCUCUAUCUCUCUAUCUAUAGCUCUAUCUCUCUAUUAUUUCCUUCUCUAUAAGCUCAUCUUCUAUAGCUCUAUCCUCUUAUAGCUCUAUCUCUCUAUAUAUAGCUCUAUCUCUCUAUCUAUAGCUCUAUCUCUCUCUCUAUAGCUCUAUCUCUCUAUAUAUAGCUCUAUCUCUCUAUCUAUCUCUUUCUCUCACUUACCUUCUCUCUCUGUUUCUCUUAUCCCUUACUCUUUCUCUCCAUACUCUUCCAAUGUUCUCUUGGCUGGACGUUUGUUCUUCAAAUUCCACAAUCCGUUUUUUUCCACAAUUUACUGUCUUCUAAAUCUCUCCUCCUCCUCCUCCUCCUCCUCCUCUUCCUGUGUUCUCCCAGCUCCUGUAGCCACAGCGUCUGGUCCUAACUUCUCCCUGGCUGACCUGGAGAGUCCUGGCUACUACAACAUCAACCAGGUGGCUCUGGGGCGACGCUCCCUUGCAUCCCCCCCUUCCACCAGGUACAUGUAGGUCUCACUUAAAUUAAGUUCCCUCCACUCUAUGGUUCCUAGGUGAAACAAACAGCUUAGCCAUCACAAAAGGUUCCACCCACUCAAAGGUUCCUAGGUGAAAAGAGCUGCCCCUCCACCAGACCUGGGUUCAAAUAGUAUUUGAUGAAGGAAAACAAAUACGAUUUGAACCCAGGUCUGAUAUCUACAGGCUAUACUCCAUAGUAUGUAUGUGGGACAUUGUAGACCGUCUCAGUUGAUAACCGUAAUGAGUGUUCUUGUCCAUUCCAUCUCUGAGAGUUCCAUCUCUUUCUUCUCUCUCGUUGUGUCUCUCUGUCAUUCUGGUCUUAUAAGUGUGUGAUGCUCUCUGCCCCCCCCCCCCCCCCCAACCCCCCUAUCCUUCUCUCCAUCUCUCUCUUUCUUUCUGUCUUCUCUGGCACUGUAGGUCUGAGGUCGAGCUGUACGCAAACCUUCCACGGAGGUAGUUAUUCUGACACACACAGUCACACACACCCACACACACACAUACACACACUGUCCUGCCGACUAUACUCAAUACAAACUCAGCAAAGGUCCAGUGCUCACAUCUCAUAUCCUUAAACGUACUCUCACCCACAUCAGCCUUUUAGGUUUGCCUCUGUCUCUGUUUUCCACCCUCUCCUUCCUGUCAAUUUCUACUGUUCUCAUUCUACUGUCCUCAUCCUCUGCCUGGACUCUCAAUGUGACUUCCCUGGUUAAAUAAAGGCUGAAUACAAAUAAAUACUUUGUAACUGGGAAGGUGAAUUCAUACGAUGGUGUGCCCUGUUUCUGUGCUUUAUGCCUAAAUUAUAUAGAGUGUGUUUCUGUCCCAAAUGCAUCCUGUUCCCUAUAUGCUAAAUGGCAUAUUAUUAUUAUUAUUAUUAUUAUUAUAUAGUGCACUACUUUUUAUUUAUUUAUAUAUUUGUAUUACUUUUAUGACAGUGCAGGAGCAGGGAGACAGUAGUGGGAGACAGUAAUGAGGGAGUAGGUGGGAGACAGGAGCUGGGAGACAGGAGCAGGGAGACAGUAGUGGGAGACAGGAGGAGGGAGACAGUAGUGGGAGACAGUAGUGGGAGACAGGCGCAGGGAGAGAGUAGUGGGAGACAGUAGUGGGAGACAGGAGCAGGGAGACAGGAGCAGGGAGACAGUAGUGGGAGACAGGAGCAGGGAGACAGUAGUAGGAGACAGGAGCAUGGAGACAAUGGUGGGAGACAGUAGUGGGAGACAGUAGUAUGAGACAGGAGCAUGGAGACAGUAGUGGGAGACAGGAGCAGGGAGACAGUAGUGGGAGACAGGAGCAGGGAGACAGUAGUAUGAGACAGGAGCAUGGAGGCAGUAGUGGGAGACAGGAGCAGGGAGACAGUAGUGGGAGACAGGAGCAGGAAGACAGUAGUGGGAGACAGGAGCAUGGAGAUAUUGGUGGGAGACAGGCUAAGGGAGACAGUAGUGGGAGACAGUAGUGUGAGACAGUAGUGGGAGACAGGAGCAUGGAGACAGUAGUGGGAGACAGGAGCAGGGAGACAGUAGUGGGAGACAGGAUAAGGGAGACAGGAGUGGGAGACAGGAGCAGGGAGACAGUAGUGGGAGACAGGAGCAGGGAGACAGUAGUGGGAGACAGGAGCAUGGAGACAGUAGUGGGAGACAGGAGCAGGGAGACAGUAGUGGGAGACAGGAGCAGGAAGACAGUAGUGGGAGACAGGAGCAUGGAGAUAUUGGUGGGAGACAGGCUAAGGGAGACAGUAGUGGGAGACAGUAGUGUGAGACAGUAGUGGGAGACAGGAGCAUGGAGACAGUAGUGGGAGACAGGAGCAGGGAGACAGUAGUGGGAGACAGGAGUGGGAGACAGGAGCAGGGAGACAGUAGUGGGAGACAGGAGCAGGGAGACAGUAGUGGGAGACAGGAGCAGGGAGACAGUAGUGGGAGACAGGAGCAGGGAGACAGUAGUGGGAGACAGGAGCAUGGAGACAAUGGUGUGAGACAGUAGUGUGAGACAGGAUCAUGGAGACAGUAGUAUGAGACAGGAGCAGGGAGACAGUAGUGGGAGACAGGAGCAGGGAGACAGGAGAAGGGAGACAGGAGAAGGGAGACAGUAGUGGGAGACAGUUGUGGGAGACAGGAGCAUGGAGACAGUAGCAGGGCGACAGUUGUGGGAGACAGUAGUGGGAGACAGGAGCAUGGAGACAGUAGUGGGAGACAGGAGCAGGGAGACAGUUGUGGGAGACAGUUGUGGGAGACAGUAGUGGGAGACAGUAGUAGGAGACAGUAAUGAGGGAGACAGUAGUGGGAGACAGUAAUGAGGGAGACAGUAGUGGGAGACCGGAGCAGGGAGACAGGAGCAGGGAGACAGUAGUGGGAGACAGUAAAGAGGGAGACAGUAGUGGGAGACAGGAGCAGGGAGCCGGAGCAUGGAGACAGUAGUGGGAGACAGCAGCAGGGAGACAGUAGCAGGGAGACAGUAGCGGGAGACAGGAGCAGGGAGACAGGAGAAGGAAGACAGUAGUGGGAGACAGGAGCAGGGAGACAGUAGUGGGAGGCAGUCGUGGGAGCAGAAAUGCGUAGGGCUCAUUCGGGAUUGAACCGGACUCCUGCCGAAGGGGGAAGCAAGUGUUAACCACUCGACCAGCCUCCGGUCCAAUAGUGCACUACUUUAGACCAGGGCCUUAGUGUACUACAUAGGGAAUAGGGGGCCAUUCUUGACUCCUCUCUCCCCUCCUCCUCGCCGCAGCUCAAACAAGAGGAAGUCGUUAGACGACAGUGAGCUGGAGAGCCCCACGGACGACGUCUUCUACCCCGGACGCUCCCCCGCCGCAGGCUCCUCCCAGUCCAGCGGCUGGCCCAACGACAUGGACGCAGGUAGGACACGCCCCCUAGCCCCCAAACUCUACCUUUACCCUUAUACCUGUACCCCGACCCCUGGACCAUUCUUACCAAACUCACCACACCACACUGUUCUUCAAAACACCUAACUCAACAAACCCCUCCCCAAAACACCUCUUUCCUUCUCACUUCUCACUCACUGUACCAAAUUCCACUCUGGCAAAAUCAUCCACACCACUUAGAAAGCUUGCCCAGUGCUUCAUUCUAAGUGGUGCGCUAGUGUGGAUAUUGAAUAAGAGCCUGUCUCUUCUAAACUGAUUUGGAACUGACAUCAUAACUUCCCAGAACACCUCUUUGCUCCUAACUCCUGUCUCCAUUUAAACUGAUUUGAGACCAGAAGUGAUAUUCCACCUGUUCAUUAAUACUAGUGGAGACCUUUCAUACACUCUGUCUCCCUAAGACUGAUCUGAGACCAGAACUGACUCCAUAACCUCUUCUUCCCACCUGUAACCAGGUGGAGACCUUCAUUCCCCAUCCCCAAGCUCACACCAUGUUGACCGUCACCUGAUAAGUAAGCAACAAUGCAGUACAGUAACCAUGAACCAACUUUACCACAAUGUUAUCCAUGAUCGAUCACUACUUCAACUACUGUCUUAAAAAUCUUAAGCAAUCCUCCCCCCCUCUCUGUUUCUCUCUCUCUGCCUCUCUAUAUUGCUAUUUCUGUCUUUCCCCCCCACCCCCCUCUCUCUCCGCCCUCCUCUCUCUCUCCCCACCCCAAACUCUCUCUCGCUCUCCCCCCUCUCUCUCUCCCCACCCCCCUCUCUCCCCCCCUCCCUCUCUCUCAUUGUUAACCCUCCCAUUCUCCUCCUCCAGUGCAGCACCAUUUGGCCAGUGUGCAGGAGAGGAAGAUAAAACAUGAACACGAUGGAGUGCAGUUUCCUUACCAUGGUUAGAACACAUUACACUCAUAUCUCCCUACUGUAAAUAACUCAUAUCUCCCUACUGUAUAUAACUCAUAUAUCCCCUACUGUAUAUAACUCAUAUCUCCCUACUGUAUAUAACUCAUAUCUCCCUACUGUAUAUAACUCAUAUCUCCCUACUGUAUAUAACUCAUAUCUCCCUACUGUAAAUAACUCAUAUCUCCCUACUGUAUAUAACUCAUAUCUCCCUACUGUAUAUAACUCAUAUCUCCCUACUGUAUAUAACUCAUAUCUCCCUACUGUAUAUAACUCAUAUCUCCCUACUGUAGAUAACUCAUAUCUCCCUACUGUAUAUAACUCAUAUCUCCCUACUGUAUAUAACUCAUAUCUCCCUACUGUAUAUAACUCAUAUCUCCCUACUGUAUAUAACUGAUAUCUCCCUACUGUAUAACUCAUAUCUCCCUACUGUAAAAUGAUCUCCCUACUGUAUAUAACUCAUAUCUCCCUACUGUAUAUAACUCAUAUCCCCCUACUGUAUAUAACUCAUAUCCCCUACUGUAUAUAACUCAUAUCUCCCUACUGUAUAUAACUCAUAUCUCCCUACUGUAUAUAACUCAUAUCUCCCUACUGUAUAUAACUCAUAUCUACUGUAUAUAAUCUACCUGUUUAACUACAUAAUUCCUCUUUCAAUAUGUGUUAUAUGUAUACUUGUUCAUAGGCGACACCAAUUCAAACCUGCUCCACCUUUCAGCAGCACUGAUAGAACACUUUGCACUUGUAUCUACCCACACUGUGUAUAACUCAUAUGUACCUUAGUAUAACUCAGUCAUUCCUCUUUCAAUAUGUGUACACUCAGUGUAUAUCUGUACAUACACCAACUCACACCUUCUUCACUGUUAUUUGUUAUCCCAGCUACUGUUCUCUCUCUCUCUCUCUCUCUCUCUCUCUCUCUCCUCCCUCUCUUUCUGUCUCUCUCUCUGUCUCUCUCUCUUUCUGUCUCGCUCCCUCUCUCUCCCUCUCUUUCUGUCUCUCUCUCUCUCUCUCUCUCUCUCUUUCUGUCUCUCUCCCUCUCUCCCUCUCUUUCUGUCUCUCUCUCUCUCUCUCCCUCUCUUUCUUUCUCUCUCUCUCUCUCCCUUUCUCCCUCCAUCCCCUUUCUCUAAUUGAAAACGUGUGCAGCAUUAGAAACCCUAAGGAGAGAGAGAGAGGGAGGAGGAGGAGGGAAAGAGAGAGAGGGAGAGAGGUUUGUGCUAGGCCCUAUGGUUUGCUCAGACCUGCUGCAGUUAGCUGAGAUGUGAAUUUAAUUAACACACACACACACAUACACACACACAUGCUGUCUGCCUUAAGGCUUCCGCAUGCUUUGGUUCGGCUGGCACCUAGCUGAACUCGGCUAGGGAAACCGAACGAGUGUGCUCGCAUACAACCUUAAAAUACCUUUGCUUGAAAAAUGCCAGUAUACGCUUCCUCAAAAUAGUCUGAAUUAAUCUAAGAUAACUCAAGAAAUCUGUCAUACAUUUUUUUGUUUUUGCAGAGAUCUUAGUCAUGCAGUUUUAUAUCUAACUAAGAUGUUUGGUGCAGUAUUUCUCAAGUGAAGAAUGUGCAUGAAAAUGAGUGGUCUGUCGUUGAAUGACAACAAAGACUUUACUGAAGAAUCCCUACUGUUGACCAAUCAUCGAAGAAGGGCCGUAGACUUCAGCUUCCCAACUUCGGCUUGCCUCGAGAAUAGUUUUGGUGUGCACGAACAGCAAACCCCUUGGCAAAGGCCAAAACAAACAAAAGGGUCACAAAAUGUCGUCAUAAUAUAUGCACAAACUGUUUCGGAUGGGACGCGGACGCCUUUAACGCAUCAGGGGACUCCCCUACUGCGGCAUAGCUCACCUCUUAAUGAGCUUGGCAACAUAUAGUUUCCAUGUGUUUGAUGCAUAGAAAACCAAUGGUCCAAACCUUGUGUCUCUCUCAUAAUCCAUUCAAAACUUGUCAGAGUUUUUACCCUUGUAGGAUGGUCAAAAUUAAAGCGACUAAAUCAAUGAAGGCCAGAGAAAAAAAGUGGUCAUAAAUCAGGAAAAUAACAUCUCGUCAGCUAGGUUGGAUGCUGUGCGAAAAUUAAGGCUACCGGACAGGCUUACCCAUGAACUCCUCAUCUUUCUUCUCAAAUCCGGAGGACAUAAAACAAUAUAGAGGUAAGAUGGGUAUCCAUGGAAAUCGAUUUUGAGACAUGACAUGUAGUAUUUUCAUAUUUUAGUGGACAAUGUUCAUAUUAAUGUGAAGUUCCUGUUCUUUUUUGAAGAUUUCUCACAAAAACAAGUGUAUCUCUGUGAAAUGUCAAUGGAGCACUGAGCGUAACCCAAGCUUUUUUAUUUUCAAAACCUUUUACAUUUAAUUCAGCUUGUUAUUUACGACCCGUGGAAACAACUUGGAAGACGAUGACCACAAAAUGUAAAAGGUUUUUGGCGAUAACGCUGCACUGCUCUGUCAGCAGAGUUCGCUGCUUAUUGUCGGCUGUAUUAGGGUACAACAUCCGAACUUUUUGGAUAUAAUGUUAAUGAUAUGUUAGAGAAAGACUGAACGAUUCAGAACAUGAAGAAUCAUAUUUGUCUUGGUAAAAUGUAUUUUAUAACAUAAGGAAGUGAAAUGUCAACACCAAAGCGCGUUUUCACCCACUCUGGGCAGAGAGGGUGGACACCCUACAGUGUGUGUUGCGUUCUGGAGGGACCCACCUGCUACAGGCAAACCACAGCUGGGAGUUCCUAUCCAGGUGGGGGGUAGGAAAACAAGCAAGCACACACAAACAAACGGGACCAUUUAAAAAGAACCAAAAACACACACAGGUGUGCCUGCCGCACCGUCUGACCACACCACCAUAGCCAACACCCUAUUCUACUCCCUCCAUAGCCAAUUGAGCACACACAUGCAGGGGUAGACAGAGAGACACAGACAGACAGAGAGACACAGACAGACAUGUAUGUAUGUAUGUACAGUAGAUGUCGCCAGCAGCCUAGCUACUGCCAAGGCCACACACGCACACACACACACACACACACACACACACCACACUAGCCUAGUCCCAGAUGGUGCAUUCGUGUGUGUGGUGUGUGGUGUGUGUGUGUGUGUUGUGUGUGUGUGUGUGUGUGUGUGUGUGUGUGUGUGUGUGUGUGGUGUGUGUGUGGCCUUGGGAGUAGCUAGGCUGCUGGCGACAUCUGCUCCACAGGGGCUGGAGGGAGAGUGAAGUGUGUUGUGUGUGUGUUUGUGGUGUGUGUGUGUGUGUGUUGUCGGUGGGCCAGGGGUUAGAAAUAACCAAAUUGAUUUCCAAAUGAAGUUCCAAUGAGCUGAAUGUUUAAGAUCUUUUUUGGGGCCAAAACUGAAAUUUUGCCUUUCUGUUCUUCAGGCUUAUCAGUGGUUUGCAUCUUGUAGUGUACCCUCUGUAGUCCUGCUGGUGUAGUCUUCUGCAUAUGGUAGACUUUGACACAUCUACACCUGCAUCCAGGAGAGUGUUUUUGAUAUUUUGGGCUGUUAUCAGGGGUUUUUUUUUUUCUUCACCAUAGAGAGUAUUCUCCGGUCAUCCACUACAGUGGUCUUCUUCUGUCUACCGGGUCUUUUGACAUAAUUGAGUUCACCGGUUGUUUUUUUCUUGUUAAUGAUGAACAAAACUGUUGACUUGGGCAUGGCCAGGGUUUUUGCAAUGUUCCUGAAUGAUUGAUUUUCAUUUCUGAGCCUUAUGACGGCCAACUUCAUUUGCAUCGACACUGCUGUCUUCCUCAUGUUGUCACACCCCAAUAACAACCUCCAAAGGCAAUAGCAACGUCUAGAAUCAUUACUAUUCAUCAACAGCUCUCCUGCAUUCACUAACGACACAAAUGAAUACACCUGCCUAACGACACACAUCUGUGAAGCCAAUUUAACAAAUACUGUAGUACCUUAAAAUGGGGGGACCAUGUACAAAAGGUACUGUCAUUUCUAAACGGUUCAUCCGAUAUGUAUGAAAAUACCCUCAAAUUAAAGCUGACAGUCUGCACUUCACGCUCAUUGUCAUUGUAUCCUUUCAAACUCAAAGUGCUAGAGUACAGAACCAAAAUAACAAAACAAUGGUCACUGUCCAAUGAAUUAUGGAGCUCACUGUAUGUAUGUAUGUACAGUAGAUGUUGCCAGCAGCCUAGCUACUGCCAAGGCCACACACGCACACAAGCGCACACACACACACACACACACACACACACACACUAGCUCUAGUCCCAGAUGGUGCUUCUGUGUGUGUGUGUGUGUGUGUAUGUGUGUGUGUGUGGUGUGUGUGGUGUGUGUGUGUGUGUGUGUGUGUGUGUGUGUGUGUGUGUGUGUGUGUGUGUGUGUGUGUGUGGCCUUGGGAGUAGGUAGGCUGCUGGCGACAUCUGCUCCACAGGGGCUGGAGGGAGAGUGAAGUGUGUUUGUGUGUGUGUGUGUGUGUGUGUGUGUGUGUGUGUGUGUGUGUGUGUGUGUGUGUGUGUGUGUGUGUGUGUGUGUGUGUGUGUGUCUCGGUGGGCCAGGGGUUAGAAAUAACCAUGAUUUCAAAUGAGUUCCAAAUGAUUCUGAAAUGUUUAAGAUCACUAGAGAUUUGCUAGGGGCCUCUGCUGCUUCUGAUAUGAGUUAGUUUGAGCCUUUGAUGGUCUUCUGGACUACUGUGUGUGUCCCAAAUAGCACCCUAUUUCCUAUAUAGUGCAACAACUUUUUUUCCAAAACUUGUCAAAAUUAGUGCACUAUAUAGGGAAUAGGGUGCUAUUUGGGACGCAACCUCUGUUUAGUCUGGAUAAAGGAAUUCCUUCUGGUUGGUGUCAGACAUCACAGUAACCGUUGGUGUCAGACGUCACAGUAACCGUUGGUGUCAGACGCCACAGUAACCAUUGGUGUCAGACCUCACAGUAACCGUUGGUGUCAGAUGUCAUAGUAACCGUUGGUGUCCGACAUCACAGUAACCGUUGGUGUCAUAUAUCACAGUAACUGUUGGUGUCAGACGUCACAGUAACCGUUGGUGUCAGACGCCAUAGUAACCGUUGGUGUAAGACGUCACAGUAACUGUUGGUGUCAGACGUCACAGUAACCGUUGGUAUCAGACGUCACAGUAACCGUUGGUGUCCGACGUCACAGUAACCGUUGGUGUCCGACGUCAUAGUAACCGUUGGUGUCAGACGCCAUAGUAACCGUUGGUGUAAGACGUCACAGUAACUGUUGGUGUCAGACAUCACAGUAACCGUUGGUAUCAGACAUCACAGUAACCGUUGGUAUCAGACGUCACAGUAACCGUUGGUGUCCGACGUCAUAGUAACCGUUGGUGUCAGACGCCAUAGUAACCGUUGGUGUCAUUGUUGGGAUCAGGCAUGGUUCACCACCUCUCUUCCAUGGCUCCAAUUAGACAGCUACAAUAAAACCCUAGCCUCCUUGCAUUGGUUAGAAAUGAAACACACACACACACACUACACCCCCUAGAUCCUAGCUCUGGUUAACUAAAAAUGAAAUAUGUCUGUUAAAGACAUAAAUGGUUCACACAUAUUAGUCACUCCCUCCCUCCCACCUGCUGCAGACUUAACUUUCACACCGUUAAAGACGUUUUGUUUACACGCCCCCACACUGCACUCUCUCUCUCCAUAGACUUUCACACAUACCCAGCUGGAACCGAAAUCAUUGUGGUUAAAUGGGAUUUUAAUGUCAGGACCACAAAGUUUAGGAACAAAUAUUGUCAGUUAGGAUUCUAGGAUGAAUAUGAAAACGACUAAAAAUAGUAUGAAAAGGUCUUAGGUCUUUAGUGUGUUAAGAGUGAAUGUGGGUGUUUGUGAGUGUGAGAUGGAGAUAAUGAACCAUGUGUACCAUCUUAUUCCAUCUCAUACAUUCCUAUAAAGGAAAGGAAGCAAAAGGAAAAAUACUGCCACAUUUUCACAGGUUCCACUCUGACAUCACUCACUCUCUCCUUCCUUCACUCACAUAUUCUCCCACGUUUUUCUCGCCUCCCUCCCUCCCCUCUCUCUCUCUCCCUCCCUCCAUUCCGUCUGUUUGUCUUUCUCACUGAGCAGCUGCAGGCUCCAUACUGUAGUUUAUAUAAAGUGUUUCUGUUUUCUAUGUCUGAAUGGAGCUUCAUAUAGCUCAUGGUAGGCUGUAGGACUUUGGAAAGAGGAGAAUAUUCAGCCAAUCUUGGAGGACGAUGGAUGUAGAUUUUUAAAUGCUUGUAGGUUUAAUUACUGCCUUGAUUCAACCCUACAACAAUCCUUCCCCCACCCCGACCACCCCAAAGCCACAACUUCAACCAUCCCAUCAUUUUUUUUGAGGGCACUGUUUACACUGAGAAUUCUGCAAGUCCUGAGCCCGAUAGCCUGGGAUUGGUUAGGAGAACGGCCAAUAUCCAACAGGACUCAAAACAAUGCACUGUCAUCAGCCAAUCAAAGUGCUCCAAACCCAAUCAAUCAAAUAAUAAAUAAUGUCUAAUAAUGAAUUCCCUUUUGAAAAUUAUUAUUGAAGAAGUGGUAGCAGCCAGUCAAAAACAUUGUACAUUAAACCCAACUCCUCUUCUCCCCCAUUUUUAUAUUAUUUUUUAUUGAUCCCAUUUUACAUUUUUUAUUUUGCCAGGACUGUCCUCGCCUGGUUCUCUUAAGAAGCCGGGGAAGUUUGAUUUCAACGCUCUGUCGCCCCAGACGAGGUCCCCCCGCAUGACGUUCACACACCACCCGCUGCCCGUGCUGGCAGGAGUGAGACCAGGUGAGCCCCAGACCCAACCCCUAAAUUCACUCACCACCCUUAUAGACAAAGAGAGGGAGGGAGAGAAAGAGAGAGGGUUGAGAGAUGGCGUUCACACCGCCCGCUGCCCGUGCUGGCAGGAGUGAGACCAGGUGAGACCGAGCCCUGCCCCCAGACCCCACCCCUUAUAGAUAUACAGAUCUCUAGACCCCACCCCUUAUAGAUAUACAGAUCUCUAGACCCCACCCCCUUAUAGAUAUAUCGAGUCUCCAGAAAGACCCCCCACCCCUUAUCAGGAUAUACAGAUCUCCAGACGCCCCACCCCCUUAUCGAUAUCCAGCUCGUCCAGACCCUCACCCCCCUAUAAGAUAGACAGAUCGCCAGACCCACCCCCUUAAAGAUAUACAGAUCUCCAGACCCCCCCACCCCCCUUAUAGAUAAUACAGAUCUCCAGCACCCCACCCCCUUAUAUAUACAGAUCUCCAGACCCCACCCCCUUAAAGAUCUCUAGACCCCAACCCCCUUAUAGAUAUACAGAUCUGCAGACCCCACCCCCUUAUAGAUAUACUGAUCUCCAGACCCCACCCCCUUAUAGAUAUACAGAUCUCCAGACACCACCCCCGUAUAGAUAUACUGAUCUCCAGACCCCACCCCCUUAUAGAUAUACAGAUCUCUAGACCCCACCCCUUAUAGAUAUACAGAUCUCCAGACCCCACCCCCUUAUAGAUAUACAGAUCUCCAGACCCCCCCCCCUUAUAGAUAUACAGAUCUCCAGACCCCACCCCUUAUAGAUAUACAGAUCUCUAGACCCCACCCCCUUAUACAUAUACAGAUCUCUAGACCCCACCCCCCACCCCUUAUACUAUAGUCACUGAGAAAGAAAGAGAGAGAGAUGGGAGAGAAUCUUACUGACCCCAAUUGCAGAGAUCAAUUUCACCAAGACAACCUAGCAGCAGUAGUGGAAUUGAACCCUCUUUGAUCUGAGAACUAGCAAUAAGAUCCAGAGAUCUCUUGACAUUUAUUAUCAUGGCCUGCAACAGUUCAGCUCUAUCUCUCUCUCACUACUGUUUUCCUCUCUUUCUUUAUUUCGUGUGUCUUCAAGCCACAGUCAUUCCAUGUCCAUGUGAUCGAGCCAGUUCUGUUUCAAACAGGGCAAACACAGACAGACAGACACACACACUAGUUGUUUCAAACAGCCCGCCCUCGCCUUAUAUAAGAACGUUGUGAGGAUAACAAAAUGGUCUCCAGGCCUCCGGUCUGAGAAUUCCUCUUCUCCCUCCGAGAUAUGAGCCUGCCAGCUACUGUAGUCCCUGUUGAGUUUCACUUUCCAAAGGAAUAAAUACAUCCCCCCUCUCUCUCUCUCUCUCUCUCUCUCUCUCUCUCUCUCCAUCCCCCACUCCCUCUUUCUGUCUCUCUCUUUUCCUCCAUCUCCCUCUUCUCUCUCUCUCUGAGGAUUGGCCUGGUCCGCAGCCAAAGCAGCCCUAUCAUGUAAAGGUCAUUUGGACUCUUACAGCUCUCCCCUUCCUUCACGUUUCACUAGAAUAGCUUAAGAAUUGUACAUUUAGCUUAGUAUACAUUUGAUAUAGAUUAUGUUAUACUAUUCCUUUUAAUUUCAUAUGGUAAUAACAGUGAUGGAUUGGAUUAAGUAUAUAGAGUGCUUGUCUAAGUGCUAAAAGAGCUUUACAUUCUAUUAUUCUAUUGACUUUCUGUUACUUGUGUUACGUGAAGAUGUGUCAGACCAGCUUCAGGUGUAUCUGAUUCAUAGCUGACCCCUUAUCCCAGUUAGAAUGUGUGUACAAACUGCUAAGAGGUUAGUCUGUAAUAGAGUUGUAGUGUGAGACUGAGACAGUGUUUAGGCUCCAUAGGAGGAGGGAAAGAGGAGGGGGGCUGCUAAAAUGGCCGCCGUCCAAAUAGAAAGUCCCUCAGAGGCCAGGGUUCUAUAAAGAGACCAAUGAAAGGGACGGAGAGAGGGAUACAGAGAGAGGGAUAGAGAGAGACGGGAGAAGGGGUGAGGGAGAAAGGGGGAGAGGGAUAGACUGAGGUAAAGGAGUGAGGGAGAGAGUUUGGCUUGACAUCAGUAGCUGGGAUGGAGCUAUAGGCAUAGACGCUGUCUGGGUUAGUUUAUUUCCUAUUGGCAGGGCGAGGAUGCCAGGUGUGACUGUUGUCUGUUUAUUCUGGUAGUCAGUCUGGUCUAGUGAGCCCACUUUCAUACACACACACACACACACACACCUCCGUACACUGGAGAGAUAGAGGGUGUCAGACAGACACAUUCACAGAUGCAAGUCCCCUCGCAGACUACCAACCAGCUUGCCUGUUUCCAGUGCCAAAUCGCCAAGGCCACAGAAUCUCAGAAGACACCGUCACACACACACAAUGACUAAUGUCUAUAAGGGAUUUAGCGGUGGGAUCUAACUCUCCCAGGCUUCAUACUACUGGGCAGAACCACACAGCAAUGAUAGGCUAUGAUUGAUUACACAUCACAAAGAAGCAUUACCAACUGGAAAGUGUGUGUGUGUGUGUGUGUGUCUCUGACUGUCACGCUUCAGUGUGUGUGUGUGUAUGCAUGUGUGCGUGUAAUGCAUGUGUGCAUUCGUGUAUGUGUGUGUUUGUUAGUGUGUGUGUGUGUGUGUGUUCAAGCUGUGCUUACUGUAGAUAGACAAAGAAUACAGAAGAGAUGUAUUGUAUGAAUAGGACCAGAUGUUGCAGCCUUGGAUGAUUCUGUUCAUUUAGAUACACAAGUAGCUUUAGUCUCCCUAUAGUACAAACCACAGGGGAAAAUAAUGUGACGUCCACUCUCUAACUCUCUCUAUUUACCACACUGAUAAACACACUAAUAAAACACACUAAUAAAUCACAUGCAUUUACAUCUAUAGUAAACCCCUGGAUAAAAAUAAUGUGACAUCCACUGUCUAACUCUCUCUAAUUACCACACUGAUAAGCCAAUCUGGCAUCAGAUGAAUUAACAGAUAUAUUCAACCAAGUAGGGAUUCAGUCUAUUAUGUUGGAUUACAUCAAUUACUCUAUUCAGUCUAUUGUGUUGGAUUACAUCAGUUACUCUAUUCAGUCUAGUGUGUUGGAUUACAUCAAUUACUCUAUUCAGUCUAGUGUGUUGGAUUACAUCAGUUACUCUAUUCAGUCUAGUGUGUUGGAUUACAUCAGUUACUCUAUUCAGUCUAGUGUGUUGGAUUACAUCAGUUACUCUAUUCAGUCUAUUAUGUUGGAUUACAUCAGUUACUCUAUUCAGUCUAGUGUGUUGGAUUACAUCAGUUACUCUAUUCAGUCUAGUGUGUUGGAUUACAUCAGUUACUCUAUUCAGUCUAGUGUGUUGGAUUACAUCAGUUACUCUAUUCAGUCUAGUGUGUUGGAUUACAUCAGUUACUCUAUUCAGUCUAGUGUGUUGGAUUACAUCAGUUACUCUAUUCAGUCUAGUGGUUGGAUUACAUCAGUUACUCUAUUCAGUCUAGUGUGUUGGAUUACAUCAGUUACUCUAUUCAGUCUAGUGUGUUGGAUUACAUCAGUUACUCUAUUCAGUCUAGUGUGUUGGAUUACAUCAGUUACUCUAUUCAGUCUAGUGUGUUGGAUUACAUCAGUUACUCUAUUCAGUCUAGUGUGUUGGAUUACAUCAGUUACUCUAUUCAGUCUAGUGUGUUGGAUUACAUCAAUUACUCUAUUCAGUCUAGUGUGUUGGAUUACAUCAGUUACUCUAUUCAGUAUCGUUUGUGUCACUUUUGUGUUAUCUGAAUUUCUUGUUUUUUUUCUAAAUGUGUUGUGUUAUGAAUUUUGUCUGGAGUGGGAUUGCAUGGACCCAACUAACUCUUCUCCCUCUGCCUACCUCUCCCUCUGUCCCUUCUCACGCUCUCACUCUUUCCCCCCUCACCUCCCCCUCUCUCUCAGGGAGUCCCCGUGCCUCAGCGUCAGCUCUCCACUUCCCCUCCUCCUCCAUCAUCCAGCAGUCCAGUCCCUACUUCACCCACCCCACCAUCCGCUACCACCACCACCAGGACCCGCUCAAGGAGUUUGUCCAGUUCGUCUGCGCCGACGGCUCGGGGCAGUCCGGAGGACAGGUGAGAGGUCAGGGAGGGUUGGAGGACGGGGUGGAGGGGACCUACAGUUGAUGUCGGAAGUUUACAUACACCUUAGCCAAAUAUAUUUAAACUCAGUUUUUCACAAUUCCUGACAUUUAAUCCUAGUAAAAAUUCCCUGUCUUAGGUCAGUUAGGAUCACCACUUUAUUUUAAGAAUGUGAAAUGUCAGAAUAAUAGUAGAGAGAAUGAUUUAUUUCAGCUUUUAUUUCUUUCAUCACAUUCCCAGUGGGUCAGAAGUUUACAUACACUCAAUUAGUAUUUGGUAGCAUUGCCUUUAAAUUGUUUAACUUGGGUCAAACGUUUCGGGUAGCCUUCCACAAGCUUCCCACAAUAAGUUGGGUGAAUUUUGGCCCAUUCCUCCUGACAGAGCUGGUGUAACUGAGUCAGGUUUGUAGGCCUCCAUGCUCGCACACACUUUUUCAGUUCUGCCCACAGAUUUUCUAUGGGAUUGAGGUCAGGGCUUUGUGAGGGCCACUCCAAUACCUUUACUUUGUUGUCCUUAAGCGAUUUUGCCACAACUUUGGAAGUAUGCUUGAGGUCAUUGUCCAUUUGGAAGACCCAUUUGCGACCAAGCUUUAACUUCCUGACUGAUGUCUUGAGAUGUUGCUUCAAUAUAUCCACAUAAUUUUCCUUCCUCAUGAUGCCAUCUAUUUUGUGAAGUGCACCAGUCCCUCCUGCAGCAAAGCACCCCCACAGCAUGAUGCUGCCACCCCGUGCUUCACGGUUGGGAUGGUGUUCUUCGGCUUGCAAGCACCCCCUUUUUCCUCCAAACAUAACGAUGGUCAUUAUGGCCAAACAGUUCUAUUUUUGUUUCAUCAGACCAGAGGACAUUUCUCCAAAAAGUACGAUCUUUGUCCCCAUGUGCAGUUGCAAACUGUAGUCUGGCUUUUUUAUGGCGGUUUUGGAGCAGUGGCUUCUUCCUUGCUGAGCGGCCUUUCAGGUUAUGUCGAUAUAGGAGUCGUUUUACUGAGGAUAUAGAUACUUCUGUACCUGUUUCUUCCAGCAUCUUCACAAGGUCCUUUGCUGUUGUUCUGGGAUUGAUUUUUCAUCUCUAGGAGACAGAACGCGUCUCCUUCCUGAGCGGUAUGACGGCUGCGUGGUCCCAUGGUGUUUAUACUUGCGUACUGUUGUUUGUACAGAUGAACGUGCUACCUUCAGGCGUUUGGAAAUUGCUCCCAAGGAUGAACCAGACUUGUGGAGGUCUACACCAUUUUUUUUCUGAUUUCUUUUCAUUUUCCCAUGAUGUCAAGCAAAGAGGCACUGAGUUUGAAGGUAGGCCUUGAAAUACAUCCACAGGUACACCUCCAAUUGACUCAAAUUAUGUCAAUUAGCCUAUCAGAAGCGUCUAAAGCCAUGACAUCAUUUUCUGGAAUUUUCCAAGCUGUUUAAAGGCACAGUCAAUUUAGUGUAUGUAAACUUCUGACCCAAUGGAAUUGUGAUACAGUGAAUUAUAAGUUAAAUAAUCUGUCUGUAAACAAUUGUUGGAAAAAUUACUUGUGUCAUGCACAAAGUAGAUGUCCUAACCAACUUGCCAAAACUGUUGUUUGUUAACAAGACAUUUGUGGAGUGGUUGAAAAACGAGUUUUAAUGACUCCAACCUAAGUGUAUGUAAACCUCCGACUUCAACUGUACAUGGGACACACACAGACUUUGUUAGGGUUUCACUUCACACAAACGGACUAAGACCCUUGCACUUCCACACAAUCCCGUUGUACUGGAUUGCCCCCAAUAGAAAACGGGGGAAUAUUCAACCAUUUUAUUUUGUUGCUCUGCUGUGAUUCCACCACUAGACACAAACCCUUCUUAUUGUCCACAAUCCCAGAUCCCAGAUGUAUAUUUUUCCCUCCCUUUUUAAGUUCUGAAUGUCCCAGUCUAACUCCCGCAUUCUGUCUGUCUUCCUGCUUUAGUGUCCUCCAGUAUUUAUUUCCAUUGUCUUCAUGGUUUCUGUGUGUUUGUGUGAGACUGACUGGUGGCUAGCUGGUGCUUCCAUCAGCCGUGGGUGGUGUGUGUCCCUGCCGUGGGUGGUGUAUGUUCUGAGUGCUCACCCUGUCCUGUGUGGUGUCUGCCGUCUCUGCAGCCUAACGGAGGUGGCCACAGCCAGAGCAAAAUGCCAGGCUCCUUCCUGCUGCCCCCGCCGCCCCCAGUGGCGCGCCCCGUGCCCCUCCCCAUGCCCGAUUCUAAACCAAUCAACACGCCCCCCGACGGCGGCGGACUCAGCUCGCCCGCAUCUCCGUGUAAGUGACCCCCCCGCCCUCGCCCCCACCUCCAACCACUUCGUCCCUCAGACCCCCUGAGAUAUCUAGAGAUAUCAAAUAUUAAAUCAAAAUGAGUACAUGUAGGUUAACUCUAGGUAGAGACACCUCACUCCCCAAGCAAGGAUAGUUGGUUAGAGUCCCAAAGCCAGUCACCACCUCCUCACUCCUGACCAGGGGAGGCUGGUGGGAGGAGUUAUAGGAAUGGAAUUAUGGAACGGAGUUAAACACAUAGAAACCAUGUGUUUGACUCCGUUCCAUUGAUUCCAUUCCAGCCAUUACAAUGAGCCCAUCCUCCUAUAACUCCUCCAACCAGCCUCCUCUGUUCCUGAACGCCCUGCAGUCCUCACUGUCCCCUCCCUGGAGCACGACUCCAUCCACUCCUGUAGAGCAGACUGCCACGCCUAUGCCAGAGAUCCCUAUCAAUCUCUCUCUUCUCUCUCUCUCUCUCUCGCUCUCUCUCUCUCUCAUUCUCUCUUUCCUCCUAACUUUCCUAUUUCUUUCUCUCUUUUUCUCUCUCUCUCCCUUUCUAUCUCUCUCUCUCGUUGUGUUUCCUGCUAGCACCACAGGAGGCAGUGUGGCUAGUUUCUUUCCGUUCUUCUUUUUGAAGUGUUUGUAGUAGUAGGGGGGGGGGGGGGGGGGGGACCAGUGCCCUGUAUACUGUCCUUUAGAGUAGGUCUAGUGUCUGGCUAACUGCUAUCCUUUAAUCAACCCAGACUAUGCAUGUCUGCCUAUGACAGCAGAAGACAUGAUCGACCCCCUCUCUCAUUUAUUUUUUCUUUGCUUAAUUUGAUAUACUCAUAUAUCUCCUUUCUUUUUUCCUUUCGUUCUUGUUUUUCUUUGUUAAGGGAACAAAAUUAGGGCAGUUGGCGUGGACUCCAAAAAACAUCACCAUGCCCCACUUUACCCAUGAUGCCCCACUUUACCCACAAUUCCCUUGCUUCCUUCCUUCCACAUUAAAUCUCACAAGAAUUUAAAAAAUCGAGAACAAAAGAAAAACAACUUGAAAAUCAGAUUAACAAUAUAUACCAAUCAUUAUUAAACAUACUGUAUGCCACUAGGCCUAAUUAGCGGAAUGGGGGAGAGAGGAGGGUCGCUCACGGGGGUGUGCGUGCUUUACCUCUGUUGGUCAAUAGGCUGGCUGGCUUGGUUCCUCUAGGCAGGCAGGGCGAGGUGCGUUGAGAGAGUCGGGCCACGGGAGAGGCACACCGAGAGAGAGGGGGCACUGGGAGGAGCUGCUUUGGUCACUUCCUGUUAUUUUUCUUCGUCUCUUUCGUCGUCCUGUCCUUCCAACUUCCCCACUUUUAUCGUUUAUGGCCUAUCUAUAUCACUGUAUUUAUAUAAUAUACUUUUAUAUAAAUAAAUCUACACCUCUUCCCUCCCUCCCUCCUCCACCUCCGGUCAAUGUCUUUACUGGAAUCUUUCUUUAUUUCUCUAAUUAAUUUUGUCCCCAGUUUUCACGACACACACACACCCACACACUCAUGAAUUCCCACAAACUCCUCCAACCCCCCCUCACUCGGUCAGAAUGGCAGUGUCAUUCAGCUGCCCAUCAUUGGAGUCCAGUAAGCAGAACAACUGCCCUAAAUGUGUUCCCCUUCUCUGGUCUUGAGUAGCUGCACCAGAGUAACGGGAGCUCCUUAUCAACAGAAUGGAGCAUUGGCCAGCACACAUAUUAUGCUUAUUUCCUAUUGGUUCCCCCCCUAAAGAGCUUAUUUCCUAUUGGUUCCCCCCUAUAGAGCUUAUUUCCUAUUGGUUCCCCCCUAUAGAGCUUAUUUCCUAUUGGUUCCCCCCUAUUGAGCUUAUUUCCUAUUGGUUUCCCCCUAUUGAGCUUAUUUCCUAUUGGUUCCCCCCUAUUGAGCUUAUUUCCUAUUGGGUUCCCCCUAUAGAUACAGACCCAUACACAGGGCCCUGGGCUGCAAGGUGUGUCGGGGACUAACAGGAGGAGGAGGCUCAGCCCUCAGUUUGCUUCACUUCCCCACAGUAACUAA